AUGCUGCAGCUGAAUCCCCAUUUUGACUCUAUCGGCCCGCAGUUCGUCCAGGUCUACUAUGAGACCUUCCGCAGCAACAGGGCGGGCCUGGCCGAGUUGUACACAGAAAACUCCUUAUUGACCUAUGAAGGAACGCAGUUCCGGGGGGCUGCAGCAAUUGUGCAGAAGCUACAGGAACUGCCAGCAGUCGUGAAGCACCAGCUCGUGACCUGCGACUGCCAACCUACGCCGAACGGAGGAGUCCUUAUCAUCGUUUGCGGGGACUUGGCGAUCGAGGAUAAUCCUCCCAUGAAGUUUACACAGUCCUUCAACUUGGUGCCUAACGGCAGUGGCACGUAUGCUGUUUUUAACGACUGCUUCCGCCUUUGCAUCGGCUGA